AUGACCAUCCAACCAAUUCUCGCAUUAGGGCUGCAUAUGAGGAGACGGGCACGACGGAGCUCCAUCGGGUCUUCUCCAAGCUCGAUUAAUUGCGACAACAACAUCACCCCGGAUGAGCUUAACGAGUCGUUAGAGAAUCUCGGGAUUCGCGUGCCGGAGAAGAAGCUGCAGGUGAUGGUCGCGAAGAUUGACGCUCACGGGGACGCCGAGGAGUUCAGCGCCCUAUACGCGGCGGUGAUGGCAGACGCCGGAGGCGAUGAAUGGGACGACCAUGUGGCCAUCUCUAAUAUCAAAAGCCAAAGCCGGAGGACUUAA